AUGUUGGCGUCGAGGUUUCCUUCCUUUCCUCAGCCUGAUGCCUCCUCAAAAGCCGCUUUCGAUUCGGCAAUUUCGGCGAUCCCAACGUCUUCACAGGGACUUUACGACCGCGACGAGCUGCGGGAAGAUACUGUGUGGCUCAGUAAGCAGGUCAAUAUGAGUGAACGGGAGGCUCUGCGACUGGUACUGCUGGAAUGGCAAUAUCGUCCAGAGUCUAGGCUUCGGGAGGGAUACUCUGAAGCAGAACUGGCAAGUCUGAAGGCGGCUCUUGGUUCAGAUUACGUGGAUCGGUAUCUGCAGGCGAAAGGUGGCUUCCAGGCCAGAGAUGAUGCUGUUUUCCACUCCCAGCAGGCGCGCCGAGCCCGCUUACUCUGUUUCCAUCUGAACCAGCAAGUGCUUGUUUUGCGCCUGAGUAAGGAACUCACCGAGCUCGAUUCCUCUGACGACAAAGAGCCGGGAAUCUCAAUUCCUUGUGAGACGUUUGCGACUCAGGUACGCGCCGGACCCUACAAUUUGAAGGAAGACAUCGCGACCGGGAUCGAGCGCACGGAAACGCUGUUGCAGACUCUAGAAUCGGGUCCCUUAUGGGAGAUCGAGGAAUCAGACCUGGGUCUUCUCAAAGACGUGAGGGAUACAUGCACCCUGCAGAUGAUCGGACAUGUCUUAGAGACACUCUUUUUAGUGGUCAGGCGGUCGGACAACACCCUGUCUUCGGAGUCAGUUGGCCUCUGGUUCCGCUUGAUGUCGUCCGUGGGAUUUUUCGCAUCAUUCGUGUCCGAAAUCGAGACGCAGACACUGGCGAUACAGAAGAUGCAGUCAACUGCCUCCAUGUUGAGCCUGGCCAUUCUCAAUGUGGGCCCGACCAUCAACACCUUGGUGAACACCGCGUCAUCAGGUCAAAUGAUUCAGCCUGGGACACGGCCAGAGUACAUCUUUGAUCUCGAAUCUACUUCGCAAGUGCAUGAGCUGCUCUACAGCGCAGCAUCAGCAGGAAGCAUGCUUGCCGGACCUGCCAUCCUUGCCUGGGCAAUGAUCAUCUAUAAGGUCCAGCAGCUAGCCUCCUUUGUCAAGGAAAAGAGAGAGUCACAGCAUGUCCAACGGACUCUUGACGCCGUCUCAACAUAUGACGCAGCAACCGGACGCCGGACCUCUGGCAGCAGCUCCGCCUUUCAAACGACAGUUUUCGAAGAUCUCCUGGACACAAUCAUGAUGCACAGCAUGAACGACGACCCUUCGAGCUUUCUGCUCGAUGCAGCACUCGGCCAAUGCAAUGUUGUUGACUACAUUGCCGUUUUGGCUUCUUCGCUAGGUAGCCUUACGACCCUGCUGCCAAUCUGCAAAGUCCAAGCACUGCAAGAAGUCAUCAAAGUGGCGCAGUUGCUAUUGGGCUACACUCCAGAGUUGAUAUCGUCUCAGCUGGCUUUGCUGGCCGUCGACGCUGACAGCCGGUCAGGACAGAAACGCUAUGAUCCCGUAAUCACGUUUAUUGAGGACGAGGAUCUGCUUCGUGGGUUCUACGAUACGGCAGCAGCCAGAUUCCCUUACGAAUGUCUACCGUUUCUCCAGUUUUCUCGAGCCUUGGCCAGGGUGUCCAUCUUUAGUGACAAUGGUACCCAGUACGUCGAAUACCGGCUUCGAAGACUGACAUCUCUGACUCGAGCGGUUGCGAAAGGCGUCAAGUACACAACGACACGGGAGGACGAAAGCGGCAGCUUUGUGACUCUCGAAACUCCGGUCAAUAUGCUUGACUUCACGCAAAACAAGCUUUUGACUUAUACCCACCAAGAGACCGAGACCACAUCCGUCGUCCCUGCGCAAACAAUUGGCGAACUCAUUUCAGAUCCUGAUGCAGGUGGUCCGGUCGUGAUUAGAUGGCAAUACGAAUUUUCCGGUCUUGCCUACAUGGGUCAGUUGCUGGAGCUCUAUUAUGUGGGACUACUUGCAGCAACACUCUCUCCGUCGGAAGAUCUUGAAGGCGUGGUUUCCGAGGCAAUUGGUGUUCUGGCUACGCUUUUAUCAACCAUAUUGAGCAACAAUCCGCUUCAGCAGACAGCAAUUGACCUCCAGGACCAUUGCGCGUCGAUCCUGGACGAAGUUAGCAGCCGUCUUAACCCAGAGGCAGACGUUGUACAGUACAUUUUCGACAUCCUCGAACAAGAGCUACAGAGUUUCCGACGGAGUACCAUUUCUACCUUCGAUUGUCGGAUCAUGACUACCUGUGUUGACUUCAUCAUCGUUUUGACCGAACUAAGACCGCAAUUGGUCUGGUCGAACCUCAGACGAACAAGCCUUCUGGGACAUGAAUCGGCUUCAUCGCCAAUUCUCGCCAUCGUGUCUGGAGUUGAAGGCCCAAUUCAGAUUUUGGACUUCUUGGGCAAAUGCUCGGAGCUGUACCACGCCUUGGUCGGAUUGGCUCUCAGACAGGCAAACUCUAACGCUCCAGUGACAAGGCCGGCGACGGGGUCCAAGUUAUCGACUGCGUGGCGUGUUCAGGUCACAAUGCUUCUGAGUGCAACCGAAGUCUUCUAUCAAGUGUUUCACGAGAUCUCUGGCUGGUCCUUCCAUAAUCCGCAGCAGCAGCUUCGCAUCAGCACCACCAUCGCCCAAUCGUUUUCGGACAUCGUUCAGUACGCUUUCGGCGUUGGUGCUUCAUUCAAUGCCACCAGCAUCGUAGCCGCGCCUUUCACGGAAGCGGCGACAUACCUUGUUUCAGCAUUUCGGGCAUCGGGAUCCCAAGAUCUAGGGUUGAAUCCAAUCGCACGAUCACUAUUCACAACAAGCACCAGUGAUAAGACUUUUCUGUUGGGCGACGAGUCAGUGCUGCCGGACGAUGCUGGCUUUGAGCGAUAUGUACGAUCACAACUGUCACUUGCUACGUUGCUUGUGCGCUACAGUCUCGUCCAAGGACUGCCUUUGUCACCCUUGGAGAAGCACAUCUUCGACACGGUGCCCGCCUUAGUGCGAACCCUCCAAAUCGGGUCAUCGGUUCGUAGGUCUUGCUUGGGGCUAUUGCGGAAUGUUCUGGUUCACGUAGGACGCCAUCAGCCGUCGUCGUUACUCGGACACCUGGGCUCAUCCUCUUGCAUUGACCUACUCAACGUUCUCCAUCAUGUCGACGCCAGUCCUAAGUCGCCCCAAGAACGCACAGAAGUGUGGAAGCUGCUAAGUCGAUUGGUGAAUGAUUCUCAACAAUGGCUGGCUAUGGUGAUCCUGACUGGUUCUGUGCCAGAUGGCUCAAAGGUGCAGAAAUCGGAAAAGGAGGCCGCGGUCUCUAUUCGUGGCAAAACUUUCCUCCAAGUUGCGGUGGACGAGUUGCGGAGCAUCGAAAAUCUUCCGCGGCAAGUUGCGUUAGCAAUGCUGGACUUCGUUCUGCAGGCACAGCAGAAUUGGUCAUGGAUCACGCAGAAUCUGUCUUCGUCCAAAGACUUCUUUUCCAAGAUUGUCCAAGUCGCUAUAAACUCUGGCACCCAGGACUCCGACGGGACCAGUCUCGCCAACCAGAAUUUGAUCGCAGCUCGCGUCACAGAUAUUGCCACGACACAUCUUCACCAUGCCAUUGUUGCGAGGGACAUGAGCGCCAUCAAGACCUACGCCCCACUGAUCGAGUGGCUCGCAUCAAAUGCCGUCGAGGUCUCCAGCUACAACGCCUCCUUACAUGGUAACAUGCGCCGCAACUUUGCCGCCAGGUACACCGGACUAACAGUGGUCGAUAUUAAGAGUACGGGCCUGAGCGAACGGGAGUUCGGCUCUGACUUCUGCUAUGAUAUUGAUUUCGCGAACAAGUUGCUACAUCGCGAUCCAUCUUGGGAGGGUGGUGGGAGGUCUAAUAAUCAAUCGUUCUCCGCAGAGUUUCGCCGUGCCAACACAAACCUCUCCAUCGUCGACUCCGAGUUGGCACUCUUGUCAAGCCUGCAACGUCUGUGCAUUGAGCACUGCAAGUUCUUCGUCCAGGAUCGCGAGAUGCACAGAGCCAUGGCGCAUACCGUUCAACAUUGUCUCAAGGCAAACUCGCAGGUCUACCCAACGGAAGCGCUCUUCGAGUCUUUGUUUCAGAAGCGAGCAGACUUGACAAUGGCCCUGUUACGAGAACUUGUUGCAGCUGGUGCCAAAGGCCCUGACAUGGUGGGCUUGCUGGAGCAUGCUUGGACCGCUGCAAGAUUCAGAAGCGGAUCCUAUGAACAAGCGAUCGUCAACAAUGAUCUGACGUAUUGGCGUUCAGUCCUUUCGAUCUUGCUCAUGACUCUCCAAGUCCAUGUCAACUUGAAGCAGAAAUCGCCCGUGGUCUCGGACGGUGCCACCGCGAUCGUCCCUCUCGACCCGGAAACUCCUACAAUUCUCGAAAUCACAAGUAGUGUUGUGGGCGAAGGGUUCAAGUCGAUCGUUGUUGCACUUCAGGACCAGAAACAAAAUAGAUUGAGUACUGACACUGAUGACGAGAGUGAUCUGGUUGGACUACGGGACAUCUCGAUCCUGUUGACACUCAUGCAAGCGAUUCUGAGGCUGCCAAAUCUCCCUCAGUUUGCUGCAGAGUUGUCGGAUCGGCUGUCUUCAUCUGGCAUCAUCUCGUCGUGCCUCAUACUCUACUCAUGGUCUCAUCUGCUGGGCGGGUUGGAAAUAGACAGCCACCCUCAUUACGCCGACUACUGUGUGCAGCUCCUCGCAUCCAUCUCUUCUUUACCACUGGUCGCUGAAGAAAUUGCCAUUGAAGGGGUGCUGAGCCGCAUCCUUUCUGCCAAGACGACAGAGGCGCUUCAACGGGUUCCAGGCGGCGUGUCCCAUACCGAUAACAGGCGCAACUGCCCUUUUCUUUACCGCGUCUGGGUCACUGGCCUGCUGCCUCUUUGUCUCAAUCUUCUGCACGCCGUUGGUGGCGCCAUCGCACCCGAAAUCUCCGUCUUCCUCAAUCAAUUCCCCGAUCAGCUCAUUCGCGCGAGCACAAGCUUGAUGCCGACACCGCAGACAAAGGCUUCGGGUGCCGAUGUUUUGACAUUAGGGGUAUCAAGCGAGGCAGCAACGUUGGCUCUUAUAUCAUAUGGCUUAGCGUCGUACCGUGAAGCUGGAGCCUCUGCCGCAGUGGAUCCGACCACCGUUCUGUCCCUGAAAGGGUACGAUGAACACCGGAAGGCCAUCUUGGAGGACUUGCGCGAUUUGAUUGCCAUGAAAGAGGAUGCAAGACGAAAGAUCACCGUGCCAACUGAUGAAAAAGAGAUGACCUGGCAAAAUGCCAAAGGCGGGGAUAGACUCGAUGACAAGAUUGUGAAACAAUUGAGAAUGGCUGUAGCGGCGUUGAGCCGAGAUGAUGAUGAUGCCGAAAAGUGA